AUGAGCAUGGUGCCGGAUAUUAGUGCGAAUCUGACAACGACCGUAACACCACUACUUCAUCGACUUUUCUCCAAUACUUCACUUGGUCACCGUCUCCUCGAGAGGCUAACGCUUGUGAAUCUACGACAUACUCUUUAUCUGAUUACUCCCUAUGAAACUUCCGUGGAAACUCUAGAGGAAGUGCCCAAUUACAAUGUAGAGGUCUCAGCAUGGUGGAUGACGUUUGUCGUCGUUGAGUUCUUCAUUUUGCAAAUCUCCGGCCACCAUGAUCGAUUCGCGCUCAACGAUUCGAUCACAUCAAUCUGUGCUGGCAUGCUGAGUCAGUGCUUCAAAUUUGGUGGACGAACCGUAGCAAUUUUCCUCUAUGUUUUCAUUUGGAACAAUUUCCGACUUAUUGAACUCCCAUGGGAAUCACCGUGGACAUGGCUGUUAUGUUUGGUAUUCCAAGAUUUGAUGUAUUAUCUAGGACAUCGGGCUGUGCAUGAAGCCGGUUUCUUUUGGGGACUACACACCAUCCAUCACAGCUCGGAAUAUUAUAAUUUUUCCACGGCGCUUCGUCAAGCCGCCAUACAGGAUGCUGGUUUGGCCAUCUAUGACGUUCUCCAGGCUUUCUGCAUUCCUCCGCCCAUAUUUCUGGUCCAUCGAUAUUUCAGCGAAAUCCUCCAAUUUGUCAUGCAUACUAGCCUAAUUGAUGACCUGGGGCCUCUCGGCAUAGUGUUCAACACACCAUCACAUCAUCGCGUCCAUCAUGGUCGAAACCCGUACUGCAUAGAUAAAAACUACGGUGGAGUCUUUAUUAUCUGGGAUAAGAUGUUCGGAACCUUCGCAGCAGAACGCAAAGAUGAUCCGCCCAUAUAUGGUCUUGUACAUAACGAAAACACUUUCAAUCAGAUAUAUCUACAAGCUCAUGUACUUUGGGACAUGAUCUACUUCAAGGGACAGAUGAAGGACGAGAAAGGUCAGCCGCUCUUUCCUGGAGUGCUCAACAAGAUUAAAGCAGCUCUGUACCCUCCGGGGUGGUUCCCAGGUGUUCCAGUGAGACCAUUCUUUCACUGGUUUAGUUUGGUCGAUACUGCAUACGGCGUCCCAGAGCCCGAAAAACCCGUCGUGAAGUACAACCCGCCCCUAAACUGGACAGUUAAACUCUAUGUGCUUGGACACUUCGUCCUUCUUCUAGCGAUCUUUCUUCACUUCGAAUAUGAUCGAUCAAAGCUCGAUUACGCAGACUUCACACUGAAGAUCGCUUUCUUCCUAAUCACCAUGCAAGCAUUCAGCGCCUUUUUCGACAAAGUAUGGUACGCACCAUCGUUAGAGAUCUCGCGUUGCGUUGGAGUUGUAGCAUUUCUGUCCUUCAAGCUGACUGACCAUAUCGGAGUGGGGCCACAUCGGCUAUUUAUUAUUGGUGUAUAUGGUAGUUCAGCUUUGCUCUGGAUAGGAUGCUGUAUAAAAGAAAAGCUCACGGCAAAAAGUAAAGUCUGCGAUAACAACAACGAGAAGAAAAUCGCCAUUUCGAUCAUAUCCAAGACUGACUCACUGGCGACAGCUAUUCCAUCAACACCUCAGCCAGCUGCACAAGCCACCGGUAAUGGCGCUUUAUAAGAUAUGCCAGCUAACUGCCAUUGUAUGUACAUUUCGUUGAUUAUGUUGACUAAUUUAUUACAGUAAAUGUAACACUAC